AUGCCGAAAUACCUGUCAAGAUACUCAUCGAUCAAGGAUGAGACAUUACGCUCAUCACCGAGAAUCUCGUCAACAAGCUCAAGUCGAAGAGGGAACUCAAGGGGUAUUGUCAAAGUAACACUUCAAUCUAAUUGCGAAACCGCUGAACAACUCAUCGUAAACGCCUACACCCUCAAAAGGCUCACUACAAAAAUACCAUCAUACACCUGCAAACCACCGAAACUCAAGCAACUCAACGAGCUAGAAUUAGCAGAUGCCACUUUCUGCGAAUCAGGAAAUGUAGACCUCGUCAUCGGCUCAGAUUACUAUGGGAAACUCAUCAAGGUGAAGAAGACAGCAAAUCAAGAACUUCUUGAACUGAUCAAAAAAUUUAGGGUACAAGAGGAAGUCAGCUGCAAAUCAACAGAGUCAAUAACACCGGAGGAGCAGGAAUGUGAAGAUCACUUCAUCAAAAAUACUUCCAGAGACGAGGAUGGUCGAUACAUCCGAACGGAAUCAAAAUUGGAGAAAAAAAUGAACUUCGGGAAUUUGUACAAGGAUUUCAUCAAUGAGUAUGAAAACUUGAAUCACACGAGACGAGUACCAUCAACCCCAGAGCCAGUAUUAUCAUUCUACUUCCCUCACCACGGAAUUCUUCGUGAAGCGAGCCUUACAACCAAGCUCCGAGUAGUCUUCAAUGGGUCAUCAAGAACAUCAACAGGUAUAUCAUUAAAUGACAUUCUCAAUGCUGGUCCAAAAUUACAAAUUGAUAAUCUAGAUGUGCUCACAUGGUUCCGGAAACAUCGCCUAGUAUUUGGCGCGGACAUCAUCAAGAUGUUCCGACAAAUUAAAGUACACGAAGAUGACUGGGAUUAUCAACGGAUUCUAUGGUACAAUGAAGCUAAUAACCUCGUAGAAUUUCAAAUGACAACAGUCACGUAUGGAGGAACCUCAGCUCCAUGGUUAUCCCUACGUGUUUGUGAAGAACUAGUCAAGGAUGAAGGACACAAGUAUCCCAAGGCCGUAGCAGCAAUGACCAGAGGAAAAUUCGUAGAUGAUAUCUACGAUGGAGCAGACACCGUACAGGAACUUGAGGAAAAGGUAACUGAACUGAAAAACCUCUGCAUGGCGGGCGGAUUCCCUCUCUCCAAGUGGUGCAGCAACAGUCCUCAGUUACUCGAGAAACUCAAGGUCUCAGCACAACACGAAUCAUCAACACAACUAUUUGAGGACACGGAAUCAAAAGUACUUGGCAUCAAAUGGGAUCAACAGAAAGAUACACUCCAGAUCACCGUAAAAGCAGCGAGCAGGAGAGCAAUCACCAAGAGAAUCAUCCUCUCUCAAAUAGCUCAAAUUUACGACCCAAUUGGCAUCGUAGCUCCAGUAAUAGCCAGAGCUAAGAUCAUCAUGCAACAAGUAUGGAAACGCAACGUAAACUGGGAUGAUCGACUACCUGAGGACAUCACUCUCAUCUGGAAAACAUUCAGGGAGGAACUGGAACACCUCAGCAAAAUCAACAAAUCAAGGUCCACCACGGUUGUGAUUUUCAGCAGAGUCUUGGCCUACAACAUCAAUAGAAAAAAUAUCACCCGAGGCCAGCAUCGAGGACAGACCAACAACAGCUACAGCUUAUCCAAGACAGUUAGUAACAGAUCACAACGAGCUAUUACUGAGGUAUUCCAAGCUGUCAGAGCUACUUAG